AUGGCUGAUUCAUUGUUCAGAUCUUAAGAUUCUUUUUAAAACGUGCUGAAUUACUUUAGCGAUAUGGGAUUUGACAAAAAAAAUAUUUGGGAAGCUUGGAAGAAUACAAACCAUAGACACAACUUAAUGCUUAAUGAAUUGAUAAGAAUAUAGCAAGAAUAAGGUAAAGUCCCAUAAUAAAACAUAAUCAAAGAUAGUAAAGAAGACUCGCAAAUUUAAUAAGCUAUCAGACUUUCACUUAGAUCUUUUACAAGUGAAGCAAACACAGAAGAAUAUAUAAGAAAAGGAGACCAUCCCGCAGGGCUUUUCAACUUAGGAAGAACCUGCUAUUUUAAUGUAGUUAUCCAGACUCUCUUUAGUAUCAAAGAACUCAGAGAGAUUAUUCUUAGCAUUGAUUUAAAUAUGAAGUAACCUGAAAACUAAUCAAGUAUUUAAGAUGAAGAAAGAUAAAAAUAUGUCAAUUUGACAAAAUAAUUCUAAAUUCUCUUUUCAUGCUUGCUGAAAGGCUAAAAGUCCUUCCAAAACCCUAAAGAGCUUUUUGAGAGUUUAAGGGAGUUUAAUGGAGAAGUAUUUAAAAUUGGUGAAGAAAAUGAUUUUUGGGAGUUUUAAAAUUCCAUUUUUGAAAUUUUAGAAAAAAGUUUCUCUAAGUUAUACAAUAUAAGUGAGUCAGAACUGAAAAAUUUACCCUAAUAAAGCAGCUUAUUCUUAAGUUAGCUCAUGUCUAUCAACUUAAAAUAAGAUUUUUUCACAAAUAAGCUUGAAGAAGAUAAGAAGAAAUAGCUAGUCUCAUAAUAAAAGAACUAUAAUCCUAUGACUGAGCUAUUUUAUGGUAAAGUUCAAGAGUGCAUUACUUACAAUGAAGGAAAUAAUGAAUUAAAAAAAUUUAAUGAAUACGUACAGGGUAUAGUUAGUUUGGAAGUAAAGCACGGUGAUUUGUACAAAGCACUUGAGGCUUCUUAAAUUUUUGAAAUUCCAGACUAUGAACUUUAAUCUGGCUGCAAAACAAAGGCAAAGAUUGAAAAUAAGUUUAAGAAAGCUCCUUAAAUUCUUAAUUUCUGCAUUAAUCGCUUAGACUUUGAUAGGAAAAAUUUACGUACUGUCAAACUUAACAACUAAUUUUACUUCGAAAAAGAGUUGAAUUUGACAAAUUUCUGUGUUUAAGAUGACUAACUGGAAGGUACCUUAAGGACUGAAGACCUAGAUUAAAUAAACAAAUUGAAUAGGUAAAUCAAGAAAAUUGAAGAAAAACUUAAAUAGUGCUAAAAUCCUAACUGCGCUCCUAUAUAAUUAGAGUCUUGCUUUGAAAACAUCUUAUAAUUUUUAUAGAAAUAACAAUAGUUGUAGUAGCAAGAUGACUUCAUUGACAUAGACGAAUACGAUGUAAUGGAAUUAGAUUAAGCAACAGGAUUCUUUGGAUUGCUUUCAUGUUCUUAACAGGAGUUAAAAACUACAAUUUAGAUUCUUAACAAUUAUAAGAACUAAAUAACUAAACAAACUGAGAGCCUUUCUGAAAAGCUAGAAAAGCUAAGAAAAGAGCGUUGGCAAUUAUACAGAAAGUCUAAAAAGAAUAUAUAUGAGCUUUUCUCAAUCUUAAUGCAUGAAGGAACAGCAGAUUCAGGUCAUUAUUACUGCUACAUAUGGAACGAAUAAAAAUAGAAGUGGUUUAAAUACAAUGAUAGCACUGUUACAGAGGCUAAUGAAGAAGAUUUGUUAUUUGAAGCUUACGGAAAGCCAGACUCAACUAAGAAUGCAUGCUGUCUUUUCUAUAGAAAUAAAAUUCAUAAAACUGACUAUAAAGCAAAUACAAUAGUUCCACCUUAGCUUUAAGAAAUAGUCAACUAGAGAGACAAGGAAUUUUUUGAUAACAUUGAUAGAUAAAAGGUUUUAAAUGCUUUAGAGCCAUUUAAGAGAAAAUUACAACAAGAAAUCACUAAAAGGUAGGCUGCAAUAUUAAAAAACAAAGAUUCUCUUUAAUGCAUAAUUGAACUUACUAACUUUUAGAAUUUCUUGAUCAACUUAGAAGAUUUUAAGCAUUAUGGAAUCAGGGAUAUUUUAAUACAAAUGAUUAAGGAUCCUGAGUUAGAAAGUAUCAAGGCAGAGCUUAGAGAUCCUAGCAAUUUUGACAAUGGUAUAGAGAUUUUCUUCCAACAAUUAGAAAAAGUUUGUAGAAUCCCUUCUUACUUAAACAUGAAUGAAUCCCAAAUAAGUGAGUAUAAUCUUUUGAAAGAAGCUCAUUAGAAAAUUUUACACUGCUAAAAAGAAUUCGAAAUGAUACUCAAAAAAUUUGAGAAAAUUGAAUCCUAUCCUGAAGUUUUAAAGAGUUUGGGAGCUAUUCAAUUAUGUUUAAAAGACAUGAACCCUUAUAUUUCUAAAAACAGCUUGAUUGCAGUACGCUUAUCCUAGGGUACAAAUUAUAUGCUAUAAGUUCAAUUGUUGAAAGGAUGCUUUAAUAUUGAUUGUCUUAUGUAAAAAUAAAAUACUUCAGAGCUAAUAAAUUUAACAAAUUUAAUUGUUAUUUGCUUAAUGACCUUCUUUAGAGGAGAUGAAACGCUCAAAAAGUAAAUAGAACAAAAUCUUAAAUACACUCUUAACACUCAUGGAACCAACUCAAGACUAUUUAAUGAAUAACUUUUCUAAGCUUUCCGUACUUCUAUUGAUUAAAUUUCAAAAAUAAAUUAAUUAUUUGAAAAGAAUGUUUAAGAUAUGAGAAAAGUUUUUUGUUUGAAGUAUUUAAAUGAGAAGAUUAAUUGGGAUUCUGAAGUUGAAUUAGUUGAAAUGUCAACUUCUUUACUCAAUUCUUGGGACAAGCAGUUAACAACACUAACAUUAUGGAGAAAUUUCUUAGAUAAGCUAAUGUCCUCAAACAAAUUAAUCUCAAACGAUGAAAGAUUAAAUCAAGAAGAGCUCUAAUAUGAAAAAUAUAUCUGA